AUGUGGGUGAGAGCCCGCGCCCGCCCUGUGGUGCGCGGCUGCGGCUUGAGGCCGGCAAAGGGCGCGUUCAUCUUCAUCAUUUUCAUCAUCACCAUCAUCAUCCUCUGCUGUUCUUCCAAUGUCAUCCGCCAAAGAGCUCCGGGAGAGACUCAGCUCAUCCCCACCGCGGAAUUCGGCAGUAAAAAUGCAGAAAUUGGAGGGCAGUCCCAGGAGGUGCAGGCCGAGAAUGUCACUGUCCUGGAGGGCGGCACAGCGGAGAUCACGUGUCACUGGCAGUCCCAGGAGGUGCAGGCCGAGAAUGUCACUGUCCUGGAGGGCGGCACAGCGGAGAUCACGUGUCACUGGCAGUCCCAGGAGGUCCAAGCCGAGAACGUGACCGUGCUCGAGGGCGGCACCGCAGAGAUCACGUGUCACUGGCGGCCGCAGAGAUCACGUGUCACUGUGUGUGUCACGUGUGUCACUGUGUGUGUCACAUGUGUCACACGUGUCCCCUGUGUGUCCCCAGGGCAGUCCCAGGAGGUGCAGGCCGAGAACGUGACCGUGCUCGAGGGCGGCACCGCAGAGAUCACGUGUCACCUGCACAGGUACGACGGCUCCAUCGUGGUGAUCCAGAACCCGGCCCGGCAGACGCUGUUCUUCAACGGCACCCGCGCCCUGAAGGACGAGCGCUUCGAGCUGGCCGAGUUCAGCCGGCGCCGGCUGCGGCUGCGCCUGGCGCGCGCCCGCCUGGAGGACGAGGGCGGCUACUUCUGCCAGCUGUACGCCGACGACACGCACCACCAGAUCGCCACGCUCACCGUGCUGGUGCCCCCCGAGCCCCCGCUGGUCGAGGCGGCGGCGCUGGCGGUGGAGGGGGAGGAGCUGGAGCUCACCUGCCUGGUGCCCCGGGCACGGCCCCCGGCCACGCUGCGCUGGUUCCGCGACCGCCGCGAGCUGCCAGGGCGCAGCAGCCUGCGGCAGGAGGGGAAGGUGUUCUGGCAGCGCUCGGUGCUGCGCCUGCGGCCGGAGCGCCGCGACCACGGCGCCAUCGUCACCUGCGAGGCCACGAACCCCGCCCUGGGGCGGGGCCAGCGCCGCCUCACCCAGUACCAGCUGGACGUGCAGUACCCCCCCUCGGCGCGGAUCCUGCCCUCGCAGAGCGUGCUGCGCCAGGGCGACACGCUGGUGCUCACCUGCGCCGCCAACGGCAACCCGCGCCCCACGGAGGUGUCGUGGAGCCGCGGGAACGAGUCGCUGCCGGCGCGGGCGCGCGCCGAGGGCGAGCGGCUGACGCUGCCGGCGCUGGCGCCGCAGGACAACGGCACCUACACCUGCCAGGUGGGCAACGCCCACGGCCGCGCCCACGACACCUACGUGCUGGUGGUGUACGGCUCGUACCUGACGCACGAGGCUCGUACCUGA